AUGAGUGAGAAGUCUGAAGAAACGAAAGAGGAGAGAGUGGAGAAGACGCCGGCUGCUGCCGCGAGACCCCGGCUCCAGCCCUCCAGCUCUGGAGACCCUCGCUGGGCCGGCCGCCUCGCAGUGGUCACCGGAGCAAACUCUGGAAUAGGGGUGGCCAUCGCGCGGCAGCUGCUCCAGAUCGGCAUGCUCGUCGUCGCCAUAGACGUCGAGGUGUACUCUGUCCAGGAACUGGCGCUGAAGGAGCCACGCCUGUACUCCGUCGUGUGUGACGUCAGCGCAGAAGAGGACGUGCUGUCCACGUUCCGCUACGUCGAGGAGACGCUGGGCGGCGUCGACGUGCUCGUCUACAACGCCGGCGUCACCGGCUUCUCCAGUCUCCUCGACGGUUCCCCGGCUGAGUGGCGGCGCCUGCUCGACGUCAACGUGGUGGCGCUGUGCCUCUGCACCCGGGAGGCCGUGGCCUCCAUGCGCCGCCGGCACCUCGCCGACGGACAAGUGGUGCUCGUCAGCAGCCAGGCGGCUCACCAGGUCCCGGGCCGGGCGCCGCUGCACUUCUACUCGGCCACCAAGCACGCGGUCAAGGCGCUGGCGGACGGCUUCCGGAUCGAACUCGCCGACUCCGGCAUCAGACUGACGACGGUGAGCCCUGGCGAGGUGAAGUCGACGUACCCGCGGUCUCCGCUCGCGCCCGCCAGAGAGCAGCAGCAGCAGGCGGCGGCGGCGGCGGCGGCGGCGGCGACGACGACGACGACGACGACGCCCCAUGUGCCCGCCAUCCGCCCCCACGACGUCGCGCAGGCCGUCGCCUCCGCCAUCACGGCUCCCAAGCACGUGCAGGUGCAUGACGUCGUCAUCAAGCCGACGGGCUCGGUGCUUUGAUCAGCUGAGGCCUCCAGACUGGAGUAGCCAAUGGGCGACGGGACCGCGGCUGGAGUCUUGGAAGGCCACGCCCCGCCUGGCCUGGACACGAGUUCGUGCCUCCGGACGGUCUCUCGUCUUCUGCUGCGCUCCUAGUAGCAGAGUGCCAUUGUUUUUCAUGUUUUCCUGUGACUUCUCCGUAAAUCUUUUCCCCCUCGUAGUUUGUCUUACCCACAUAUUGAAACACAGCCACUUUGGAUUACUUCACUAUUUCGUGCUAAAGAGUAAUAAUGGCAACGUGUUUUUUGCAUUUAAAUUGGUUACUGUGAGCAGAGAGAAGAUGUAACGAGAUUUUUUGGGUAUCAAAUAACCUGUAUAGAAUUUAUUGAAUGUUCAGGGAACAUCAUUUCUGAUAAUAUACACUUGAGCUUUCGACAGUUCUCAUUGACAUCAUCAUCAGGGGAAAACCGAUGUCAUCCUCAUCUAGCAGAAGCAACACUGGGCAUUGGGGCCUGCGAAUUCCGACAAUUUUAAAAAAUCUAGUAGUUUCGAUUUGUGUAGCUACAGUUUGUGUAGACUGUAAAUGAGUGUCACGUUAAUGAAUGGAAUUUGUGGUUUAUUAGCCUUAUUAUGGGGAGAAGAAUUUGUUUUAGAAUAAAAUAUAAUGGACUUUUGUCGGAUGAUGUGGUAAACUGAUGAUUGUCGCUAGUGUAAUGUCAGUGUUGAAAGUAUAGUGAAAAGUAUCUGUUAGAAUCCGAAAUAUCUAAUUUUGUAUGAUUUUCACUCGUUUCAGGUAACUGCAUAGGCCACGACACGGGAUGGCAGGUCAGAUUCUCAGUUGUGGGUCCUUGGGACCUCUGAUAAUUUGUCACUCUCAAACAGUGGCACUGACCAUAAAACACCCCGAAAAUCUAAUUGACCACACCAGUUAUGCGCCAUCUUCAAAUGAGUUUCUUGUUGUACUACGUGUGAGGUAUCUGCCUGAGUCACACCCAGUCAAGACCGCGCGAGUUGGCGGUAAGAGAGCUUGAGUUUGGUGGUUAACAUAAUUGCUUGGCUCAUGUAAUUCUUGUCGCGGCAGCGUUUGAAUAGUGCAGAGACAUCGGCGUACAGGUUUGGUUUCCCCUCCAUGAUGCCAUUUGUGUAGGUACAGUAGUGUUGUAAUUCCCAAUCUUUGACUUGUUGGAUUCCCAGAAUUUUACAGGGAAGAAGUUUUUAAAACGUAAUAUUUUUGUCACAGACUCACAUUUCAUCCGUAGACAUGAGGAUGUUGACAUGCGGAUCGUCUUGAACUCUUGAUGCGUGCCUCUCUUCCACAGUGGCCAUGCCUUCCCCGUGUCUUCUUUUUAUCAGGAUAUGAGAGCUUCUCUUUAGAAUGAGUCCUGCUGUUCCGAGGGCAGUAACCCAUCACUGGAUUGCACUGAGGGUUGGAGCUCUGCAAUUAAAGUGACGACGAAAUUUCCUCCUUGUUCCAAAUAAAGGCUCAGCAUUAAGGACAAAAGUAUUGUACGCAGACACGCGAUUGUUACCGAAAUGGUGGAGAGUGCAAAAGUGAAUGACGUUUUCGCGGUGUCCUCCCUGCCAUCGGCAAAGAAAUAUUUACCAAUCUAUUUUAUUUAUUUCCUUCUGGUAUACAUAUUUUCUAGCUAACACUAAUUAAAAGGACUAACUAUAGCAAGGCAACAUUUGACGUUCAGUACACAUAUACUUUAGGGCAUUCUUCAGAAUGAAAUUGUUACAUGUAUUUAUUUAGGCUACUAGAUAUUUCUGAGAGAUGACCACUCGUUUGUGUCAAAGCAGUUAAUUCAGUUCGUGAAUUAAGUUUAGUAUCCACCACACGUUUUAUAUUUUUAUGUCUUCUUGUGCUAUAAACCUGGUUAUGGCAUCUUAUGCACUCCUGGUUGAAUGUCCAAGAACUGAGACAGUGUAAAGUUGGAGGUAGUAACGAAGUCUAGGGAGCUCUUUUAAAAAUUUAAAUCUGCCGUUCUCGUAGCACUUGCGCUGAAAUCGUAUGUGAUUUACAUCCCGAAUUGUCACUUCAUCACAUACACACUGGGAUGUCUGUCGGACGCUGAAUCUAUGUAAGUGGGCGGGGAAAAAUUCACGACUGAGACGAAUUCUCACAGGCGAUGAUGGUAGUAGUGAAAACUGUCAAAAGCUCGGCUCUAUUUGAGAAUAUUUUAUCGUUGUAGCGGGUAGGAAAAGGAAUUGCAGUGCACUUGGUGUAUCGGGUAUGUUUGUGAACUUAGUGCGUAAGAGUAUAUCGACAAAUGAUUAAAAGUCACUGGGAGAAGUUGGAAAAGUGUUUACAUCAAGUAUUUACCUAUAUGACUGCACUGUUAAUAUGUAAAAUUCCCCAAAGAAUUUUCUAGAGUGUUCACUGUGACACUGACAAAGGAGACAAAAGUCUAAGCUUAAAUUUGUCUAUAGUCACUGAGAUUUGUUUUUUGAUUGUUAUUAUGAUUCUGACUGAUACUAAUUUUAACUCUUGAACAUUAACAGAAGACUGUGACAAAUUAUAUCUACACCUGUACUGUGCGAAUUAUCUUUAACCUAUGUGGCAAAAGGUUGUUUUUAUAGGAACAUAUAUUAAGAUUUCUUCCUGCUACGUUGCACUGAUAGAAUUUUGGAAGGAUGAUAGUCUGUACGAGAUCUUUCAAAUAUAAUCUUAUAUUCACGACCUCUCAGGAAUCGGUACCUUUGGGACUGAAGAGCGUUCUUAGACUGCGCUUUAAAUGUCUGUUUUUGCACUUCCCUAAGCAGGUUUCCGAGAAAUACAGGAUUAUUCCUAA